AUGCCUUCAGAAGCUCAGCCCAUCCCGUAUAUUCACCUCCUCUGCAUGCAUGAAUCGGCCUCGGAUGCCUUCAUCCGAGUGCUAGAAGAGUAUGGAAUUGAUCAGUCCUUGCUUAACUACACAGUCUAUAAUACGCUCCUGUCUGACCUGCCACCAUCCCUGAAUUUCGAUUUGGUAGUGUCACCGGCAAAUUCAUAUGCCCUUCUAGACGGUGGCUUCGAUGAUGCGAUAUCGCGGGCCUUCAGCCCCAAAACGGAUUAUCACGCUCUUACACGCGUUGCACAGAAAGAGCUAUACCGUCUGCAUAGCGGCUAUCUCCCGCCUGGCUCGUGCUGUAUCGUCAAAAUGCCAGAGUCGUUCCGUGGGACGUUGAGGUACCACGACGGGAACGGCUGGGGUUGUCGCUAUCUGGCUCUGUGUCCCACCAUGCGUGUUCCCAUCCGCAGCGAUUGGGACAGAGACGUUGUCUACGAGUGUAUCUGGAGCUUGUUGAAUGCGAUCGAGCAGCAUAAUAGAUACGCAACGGAGGAGGGUAGUAGUACCGGCUCAGCGAAGAUAGAAUCUAUCUUGAUGACACCGUUAGGCACUGGGACUGGAGGUAUCAGCGACGACAAAUGGGCAAAGCAGACGGUCCUGGCCAUCAAACAUUUCAUCGAUGCGAAGCAGCAUCCUGAGAAAUGGUCUGCGAUGAGCUGGAGCGAAACCGGGAAGAUUGAUAUACAGUUAUUGAAAACUCAGAGCCCGAAAGUAUUAGCACAGUAUUACCAACGCUAG